CUCUUUCUCCCCACGCCCAGCAGCCCUGACCAUUUCAGGACCCAGGACAGCGAGAAAUGGAGAGAAGAGGGGAAGACAGAAAGGGGGUGGAGAAAGAUAGACACCUGAAAACCUGCUUCACUGCCUGUGAAGUGACUCCCCUGCAGGUCAAUUUAUUUCUUUCACAAGAAAGAGAGAAGUCAAAACCCAGCUUCCUUCCUGAAUAUUCAUUGCCAGGAAUCCAAUCUGGAGCCUCACACAGCCGCGUGGAGAGGAGCUGCCACCAUGUCGGCGCACCUGCAGUGGAUGGUGGCGCGGAACCGCUGCCGCUCCCUCAUCAGGAGGAACCAGCAGACCUACAGCACGGAGCCCAACAACCUCAAGGCCCGUAACUCCUUCCGCUACGACGGGCUGAUCCACCACAAGACUGGCCAGCGGAAGCCGGCCACCUCCUACGUGCGCACCACCAUCAACAAGAAUAUCCGGGCCACUCUGAGCAGCAUCCUCCACAUGAUCCGCAAGAACAUCCGCAGGGCCAGCGCCAUCCUGCGCAGCCAAACGCCAGUGAUGGGCAAGAGGAGGCGUGCCCACCCCACCGAGAGCUCCUGAGCAUCUGCACAAUAAAGCUCUCUGCCACCUUCCAAAAAAAAAAAAAAACAACUUUAUAGUAGCAAUGUUCUGAGUGUUUUUCAAAUACUG